AUGCUUUAAAUUAGUAAUAUAAAAGAUCGCUUAAAAUGCAAGAUAGAUUUUAGUGAGAAUGAAGAAGAGAAAGGAGAAAUUAUUAGUAUGAGUAGUGUUGAUGAUGCUAUAAGAUUUGAAGAUAGGUAUGAAACACAAGAAUUAUUGGGUAUAUAUUGAAUAUGUAAAAGUUAAGGAUAAGGAGCACAUGCAGUAGUAAAACUAGCUAAAAAAAAGGGAACAAAUGAUUUAUUUGCAGUAAAAAUAAUGAGAAUGAACAAUGAAGAGAUUUACAAUAAUGUGAAAAGAACAUUUAAUAAUUCACGUUGUUUAAGACAUUAGAAUAUAAUAUAAGAAUACGAACUUUAUAUUAAUGAAAAAUAUUACACUGCAAGUUUAGUAAUGGAAUAUUGUUCAUACCCAUCAUUAGAAUAAAUCCUAAAAGAUAGAGUAACUUUAAAAGAGGAUGAGGUAAGAAACAUUAUUAAGUAAUUGCUUAUGGCAGUAUAACACAUACAUAGUAAAGGAAUAAGUCAUAGAGAUAUUAAACCAGAUAACAUUUUAGUAAAUGUAGAAGGUAAUUGUGAAUUGAAAUUACUUGAUUUUGGAGUAUCAAGAAGAUUUCUAUAGAAGAAUCAACAUAAUGAUAUGUUAACUAAGACAGGAAAUAUAUAUUAUUGUGCUCCUGAAAUAUAUCAUUAAAGUAAUUAUUCAAAAGAAAUUGAUUUAUGGAGUAUUGGAGUUAUAAUGUAUUAAUGUAUGACAGGAGAAUUACCUUUAUAGAAUGAAAAUAUUAGUGAUCAUAUUGAUUUAUUAGGUAAACCUGAUUUAUGGAAUUUUAAGAAUCGUAUAAAAUGUGAAUCUUUAAGUGCUCAGAAUUUAAUAUCUCGUUUAUUAUAAUAGGAUCCAAAAAAAAGGAUUGGAUCUCAAGAUGCAUUGAAUCAUCCUUUUAUUGAGAAAAAUAAGAUUUAUACUACUUUAGCAAUGUUAUCAUCAACAAAAAUGAUUGAUGAUGAUGAUGAUAAUAUAUUUUUAAAUAAAUGUCAAUCUCUAUAAACAAGUUUAUCUGUUGAUUAGAAAUAAAGUAUUCAUAGAGCAUUGAAGACUCUUCAUUUAGGUUAAGAAUAUUAAUAAAUUAUUCUUGAAGAUUUGAUGUAAGAACUUGGAAAUAUACAUAUAAUUUAAAAGAGAAAUAGUGAUAAAUGUACUGGAUUCAUUUAAUUGGUCAAUUCACUUGGAAAUAGUUAAGGAGUAACAAUUAGUAAAGUUGUUGAUAUUAAUACUAAUUCAUAAUGUAAUCUUGGUAUUGGUUCUACUUAAAGUAUAGGUAUUAUUUAUAUUCAUAUAAAUAAUAGUAUCAUCUGAUCAUCAAACAUAAGAUUAUUUUUGUGAAUUGGGUAAUAUUUAAUCAAGUGUUGAUUUAGGUAAUUCUAAUAAUGAUACUUAAAUAUAUUAAGACAAUAAAAAAAAUACUUUAGGUUAAUUUAUUAAUUAAAUGGGUGCCAAAAUUGAAUGCAGUAUUGAUAUUAAUUUAAAUAUGGCUGAAAACUAGUAAGAUACUGGAUUAAAUAAUAAAUUUAAUUAAAUUAUAUCUACUCUUGAUGUCUUAGGCAUUAAAGAAUGUGAUGAAACUGUAGAAGAUUAAUAAUGA